UGAGGCGGAGAACGGCCGAUCGGAUGGAGCGGGGGAGGACGGCGGCCGCUGGGAGGCCAUGGCGGCGUUGUGGCCGGACGUGCGGGCCUGCUGGGAGGGCGGACGCGUGGGCGAGCGGGAGACGCGCACGGUGCAGGCGCUGCUGGACCUUCACUUGGCGCUGCUGCUGCGGAGCCGCGAGUCUCCCCCAGGCUUCCUUCACCUACCGGCGCUGCUGCAGGCGCUGCUGGAAUCGCGGCACGCGGGGCACGGGUUGUCGCUCGCCGCCGCUCUGUCGCAGCUGCCUGGCUCGGAGCGGGACACAGCCGCGGCGCACGUUCACACGGUGCUGCUGCCUCUGCUCGCCGCCGCUGCGGAGGCCGGCUCGACGGCGACCGAGGGGGCCACCGCUCCCACCUCUGCCCCCCCCCUCCGCCGGCGCCGUCGGCGUGGCCACCUGGGCGCUGCGGCACAUGGGCACGCGGGCCGGCGCCGUGGGGCUGCUGUGCCACGCGACGCACCUCCUCAGUCAGCUGGCCGGAGAGGAGCGGCCACUCGGACGUGCGGAGGCCACGGCGGCCACCGAGGGGGUGUGCCGCGUGGUCGCCCUCAGCCUCGGCCUAGAUGUCCCACAAUCCCCCACAGGAGGGCGGCUGGCGCUGUUUCUGAUUGGCUGCUCGCGAGUGCAGAGGGUGGGGCUUGACUGCUUGGCUGCCCUGGCCGCACCAACGGAAGGCGAAGAUGCCCUCGGACGUGCGGUGGUGAAGGUUCUGCUCGGGUGCCUGGGCAGCCCGGAUGCCGACCCCAGCGUCAUCGCCAAGGCCUUCCGGGCCCUGCAGCGCUGGCUGGAGCCUGAGCGGGACCCAGUCUGGCUGACGAGUGACACGGAGGACGCUCUGGUCCGCGUGCUGGCGCUGCGCCUGGAGGACAGCCGCUGGGAGGUACGCGACUCGUCGCUCGAGUUCCUGGCGGCCGGGGUCUCGGCGAGUCCCCGCGCAGCCCCGGGGUCGGCGUUGGCGCCGUGGCUGGCGCGGCACGGGCUGCACGCCGGCGCCGCGUGGGACCGGCUGUCGGACGCGCAGGCCUACGUGCGCGCGAGCGCCGUCGCGGCGUUGGGGGCGAUGGCGCUGGGCGGCGAUGGCGCCGCCUGGGCCCGCGCUCUGGCCACCCUUCACCUGACGGAGGACGACGUCCUCGGCCGCUUGUGCGACGUCCUUUCCGGCGACGUCGAGUGCUUCCCGCGCCGCGCCGCCUGCCGGGUCCUCACCGCGUGCCUGCGCGCCGGCGGCUCGCUGCGGGCGCCGCUGCUGGCGCUGGCCUCCGCCCCGCCGGCGCGGACGGGCCCCGCCGGCGCCGCCCUGCGCGCCGCCGCCCGCGACCCCGACUGGGAGGUCAAGGUGAACGCGCUGGAGUUCUGGGAGGCGGCGGCCACGCUGCUGGCGCGUGAGCCGGUCGGUCCGGCGGCGGGCGGACCGGCGCCGGCGCUGGCGGUGCUGGUGGCGGCCUUGCGCGAUUGCGACCGGCCGGCCGCCAGCAAGGCCUGCGCGGCGCUCAUGGCGCUGGCCGACGCCGGCGUCUUGCCGCGUCGGGGGGGAGCCGGCGGCGCCGGCGGGGACGCGGAAGACGGAGGGGACGCGUCGGCCGAUGCGACGGACGACCUGCGCCGGCUGGACCUGCCGGCGCUGCGCGACGAGCUGGAGAGGCGCAGCGACUACGUGCAGAGCGGCCCGGCCUCGCUGCUGCGAGACAUCCUCGCCUCGAGCGACGGCGCCCUGCUCGACGGCGCCGACUGCUACUGAGCGAGGCGGCGACGACGUCGUCGGUUCGUCGCUUCUCAAAUCGACGCCCGCGCUUGUGUCCUGCGCGCAUCGGAAGGGAUCUUGCGACGUGUUGAGAAUCGUUUUUUAGCGAUUUGCGUGUCGGUUUGCGUGUUUGCGUCUGUUAUUCGGUGGUUCUGGUUUAGCGGCGGUGGCGCCGGGGAAAAGCGUGUGCACUUGCGUAUGGCACAGCGGUUCGUGGGUUGGACUACAAACCCGGCGACUCGGGUUCGAUUCCCGCUCACGGCCAACACCGGUGAUGAUUAUCUGAAUCGGUUCCGGUGCCGUGUGUAAACAUCGCCACUGGUGAGACAAAGGCGGAGGGGCUUGGU